AAGCACGGAUGCUCUCUCUCCAGCUCGCUGUUCGCCCGGCUGUUUCCUCCGAGGGACUUCAGGGUUAGCUUCCUCAAAUCCCAGUAGGGAUUGAGUCGUGCCAUUGGUCCAGGAGUUAGGAUUGCUGGUGUUCGGUUUGUCUUACCCUCCUUACCGCCCAAAUGAAAUUUCCACUUUCCUUGAUCUUGUUGAUCUUGUGUGUGUGUGGAAUUCCUGAGCGAGACCUUUGUCGGUGAGGAGAGUUCAAUAGCUUUGUUGAGAACGCUUUGGAGUUCUUGCGAGUAGUUCGUAUUAUCUUGCAUCAUAGCAGGAGCAAUAAUCAUGGUCAUAAUCUAUCAUAAUCUCGGAACAACAGCAGCAGCAGCAGCAGCAGCAGCAGUAUGGCCCAGAUCCUCGGAAGACGUAAGACGCAAGGGGGAAGAGGUGGGGAAACGGAGAGAAGUGUGUGUGUGUGAUUUGUUUUGUACAAUAGUUCAGAUCAAAUUCUUCGGAUCAAGAGCGACGUGGUCCUUGUCCACGUCCACGUCGACCUCUCUGCAUUCGUCUAUGCUUUUUUCAUCCGAGGACACGAGAGGGGAGGGAGGGGAAGACAGUCACGAGGAGGGGAGAACCGAUGGUUCGUUUUGGACUGGACGAGAUAAUUGGGAAUUCUGUACGACGGUACAGUAUGUACUGACAGUAAGAAACCUCUUUCUCUCCGUUUCUGUGGUUUACACAGAAAGAAAGAGCUUAGUAUUGGUGGUACUGAUAAUCCCAGUGAUCGAUCAGAAACAUACUGAGGGGGUCACAUCACGUCACGAUUCGGCAGGGUGCAGGUCGGUGUGAACAGGCCGACCUGUGUGUGCAGUUUGGUCUGGAACCAUCUCUAUCCUGUAUAGUACUUUUUGCAAUGUUGUUCGUUGGACUAGUUAGACUAUCGGGGUCUGAAAAAUGAGGAAAAUCUUCCUGAUCAGCCUUGUGGGUCUAUAAUCACGGAUCAGUUGAUCACGGG